AUGAUUAACGUUUCUCUCAAGCGGUCACUCUUGAUUUUCAUUUCGGUCAUCACAUCUAAUAUUGGAUCAGAAGCAAGAGAGCUAACCGGAGCUGGUAAGAAACUCGAAGUUGCCACCAGAAGUUCAAAUUACGCAGGCACUGCAAGGACCUUGUUGCAAGCCCGACCUUGCCAAAGGGAUGUUGAUUGUAACUUUCAAUGUCCUAGAAUCCAAGGAGGACAAUGCAAUAAUCACCAUGGCACAUGUGAUUGUUUCUAA